AUGAUUUAUGUUUUACGAGUUAUGAUUAUUGACUGCCGAGGUUUAUGUUUUAUGAAAAUUGGGAAUUUUAUGAAUGUGAGAAUAUGUGAUAAUAUGUGGUUGUGGACUAUUAUGGAACGAUUUUUUCAACCGAAACGAAAGUCCCAACUUAGUUCUUCUAGUGGUGCAUCUAAUCCUGUCACUACUUCUAGUCGAGCACACAAGAACAAUAAAUAUCAAAGGCUAGAAUAUACAGGAGCUGGAGGGGGACACACUGAAUCGCAGACUAAUUGGCCUGAUGAAACAAAACAACAAUGCCAUCGCUUGCCCCUUCCUCCCGUAACAAGUUCAAAUUCCUCAAUGUUCUCUCAUUCAAAUUCAGGGGCUACAUCGCCUUCUGUACCGCGAAGUCCUGGACGAGUAGAAAAUCUUACAAGCCCUGGCUCACGUUGGAAAAAGGGAAAAUUGCUUGGUAGAGGCACAUUUGGGCAUGUUUAUGUUGGUUUUCAUAGUGAAACUGGCGAAAUGUGUGCUAUGAAGGAGGUCACAUUAUUCUCAGAUGAUGCGAAAUCGAAGGAAAGCGCAAAGCAGUUGGGACAGGAGAUUACAUUAUUGAGCCGUUUACGGCAUCCAAACAUUGUGCAGUAUUAUGGAUCUGAAACGGUGGAUGAUAAAUUGUAUAUCUAUUUGGAAUAUAUGUCUGGUGGUUCCAUCCAUAAGCUUCUACAAGAUUAUGGAGGAUUGAGAGAAUCAGCUAUCUGUAGUUAUACUCAACAAAUUUUGUCGGGGCUUGCAUAUCUGCAUGACAAAAAUACCGUGCAUAGGGAUAUUAAGGGGGCUAAUAUCCUUGUGGAUCCAACUGGUCGUGUCAAGUUGGCUGACUUUGGCAUGGCAAAGCAUAUUACGGGGCAGACCUGUCCAUUGUCAUUUAAGGGCAGUCCUUAUUGGAUGGCACCUGAGGUCAUAAGGAAUUCAAAAGGGUGUGGCCUUGCUGUUGAUAUAUGGAGUCUCGGAUGCACCGUUUUGGAAAUGGCCCUAUCAAAGCCUCCUUGGAGCCAGUAUGAAGGGGUUCAGGCCAUGUUCAAGAUUGGGAAUAGUAAAGAACUCCCUACAAUUCCAGAACAUCUCUCGGAUAAAGGCAAGGAUUUUGUGAGGCAGUGCCUGCAGCGGAAUCCUUCGCAUCGUCCUACUGCUGCUCAGCUUUUGGAUCACCCUUUUGUGAAAAGUGCCAUGCUUCCAGAAAACUCCAAAUUUGGAUCUACACCUCCAGAUCCUCCCGUGGGCAUUGGACACACGAGAAGUCUUCAACUCUUGGAUUCGGACAGACUUGCUAUCCACUCAUCUAGAGUAUCAAAUUCUAAGUUCCAUUCCAGUGAUAUUUGUAUUCCUAGGAAUGUAUCGUGCCCUGUCUCUCCAAUUGGGAGUCCUCUUCUACAUUCAAGGUCACCUCAGUACCCAAAUGGGAGGAUGUCUCCGUCGCCCAUAUCUAGCCCCCUCAAAACUUCUGGCUCUUCCACACCUCUGAACGGUGGGACUUGCUCCAUCCCAUUUAAUCAAUCUAUAAUAUCUCAAGACAAUUUUCCCAACUUGCCAAAGGUGCCGCCCAGUCCCCGUGUCAAUAACCCACCCUACUGGGAUCCCAACAUUUUUCGAACUGCCAAGUCUGGAACUAAUGCUUUUUGGGAUCUGACAUCAAAUGAUAAACAUGCUCGAAUGACCGUGAAUGGAGAAAUGUACGACAGACAAUUCAUUUUGGCUGAUCGCUUAUCUCAACAACUCCUAAGAGAUCCCAUUAAGCUGAAUCCAUCUUUUGAUCUGAAUCCUUCCUCUCCAAUGGCAAACCACCGCAUGUAUGGAGUAUAACUUGUUUCGAUUCCGUUCAAGGAAGCUUGCCUAUGAAGUCACUUCGUGCGACAAGGGACGCGGCUGCAAACACUUGUGACCUUGCACAAUCAUGUUGGCUUUCAUAAAGUUCAAAUGAAAAAUUAAUUUGGCUGGGAAUGAUAGCUUCAGAUGUAUAUCUGAUCCUGCACUGAAUCUUUGGUCUGGAAAAUAUAUAUUUAUUUUAUUUUGCAUAGAAUAGAAGAGAAGAAAAAAGCAAGGGCGUACGGACAAUAAGCAGGUGUAGAACUAACUAUUUUUGUCUUCCAGUCUGCAAAGGCUGUACAGAGAAUGUAGCAAUUUUCCCUGAAUUCUAUAUCUUCUCUUUCUGGGAUUGAUUGAUCAAAUAAUUAAUUGUCUAACCGACCAUAUAGAACA